AUGAAGCAUGUGCUCAUGCACGUGUUUCUGGAAAGCUUCGACGUGGGACCCGUAAAGGAUCCUCACGGGUUCGCGGGCAGAGCCGCUGCCUGCGCCGCAGGAGGCUCCGUUUUCAAAGACCCAGAUAUGGGCAACACUGCGUGCUGCCAGUCAGAAGCCAAUGAUGGUGUCGCUGACGCGCACGUGGAUGCCAAACCCAUCCUGGAAAGUGCACUGCCAGCAGCACCUUUCAUCUCUGGCGGUGAUUCAGAACAGGAACGGAUCUAUCAGGUGACACUUUCAAAGUCACCGGGACAGAAGCUAGGUCUGGAUGUCGACUACAUGGCAGAGCGGAAGAUUCUGCCCAUCAUGCACGUUACUGGCGGCAUUGCCGAGGAAUGGAACAAGAAGUACCCGGACAGGAAGCUGAACAGUGGUGAUAGCAUAUUGGAGGUGAACGGCAUUUCAGGGGAUGUCGUAGAGAUGCUCGAGAGAUGCAAAGCGGACGACACGCUCAAGAUGAAGCUGUGCCGAUGCCUAACUUACGAGCACUUGGUAGAGGACUUGGAAAAACUCGUCCGGAGAAAAGAAUGCGGGCCUAUAAUGGUGCGGCUUUCUUGGCACGAUGCCGGCAUCUACAACGGUGCUGAUGGCUGCCCGAAUGCUGCGAUGCGCCUGCCUGGAGGAGGCGAGCAUGCGCUUGCAGCGAAUGCUGGACUGCCGCAGGUCGCGAUUCCGUUGUUAGAACCUCUCGCAGCCAAGUACGUGCCACGAAUGAUCUCUCACGCAGAUCUGUGGGCACUGGCUGCCAAUGUUGCCAUCAAGGUGAUGGGAGGUCCAGAAAUCACGACUCGCUUUGGACGCUUAGAUGCCGAACGUGUCGGCGAUGGUGCAUCCUCAGCGACGGGACGACUUCCGGACGGUGACAAGGAUGCGAGACAUCUGCGAGAUAUUUUCUACCCCAAGGGAUUCGAUGACAAAGCGAUCGUCGCUCUCUCUGGGGCUCACACUGUCGGGAGCUGUCAUUUGGACCGCUCUGGAUUCGAUGGAGCUUGGACAGCAGACAAGCUCAAGUUCGACAACUCAUAUUUCAAGGACUUGAUGCACAGAAGUUGGUCGUCCGAGACCACAAGCAAGGGGAACCCACAGUUCAGGUGUGCAGAGUCCAAGACCAUGAUGCUGACAACGGUGCUGGCCUCAGUCACGUUAUGGGAGGUUCCACGACUUACCGUGAGUGACUUUACCCUGAUCCUCUCAGCAUCAAGCUGUACGAUUCCUUCUCUUCGCCGCAACUCCGACGCCAUGGCUGCAGUCUUCCCGGCCAAUCAGGUGAUCGUGGUCGGCGGCGGCCUGGCAGGCAUGUCCGCCGCCAACACCGUGGUGGAGCUUGGUGGCCGCACCAUUCUGUUGGACAAGUCUUCCUUCUGCGGAGGGAACAGCACCAAGGCCAUCCUGAUCUUCAUCGCAGACACGCUGAAGGGCGGCGCGAAGAAGCCGGAGCUUGCCAAGGUGCUGUGUGCCAACAGCGCUGCGGAUGUUGACUGGCUCGUGGACAAGUUCGACCUCGACCUCUCCCUCGUCGCGCGCCUCGGAGGCCACUCCCAGCCGCGCACGCACCGCGGCAAGGAGCGCUUCCCAGGAAUGACCAUCACCUAUGCAUUGAUCCAGAUGCUGGAGAAGGUUGCUGAGAAGACCAACCGAGCUCGCAUCGUGACGAAGGCGGAGGUGUACAAGCUCCUCGUGAAUGCUGGGACCGUCGUUGGCUGCGAGUACAAAAAGGCCGGCAAGAGCGUGAAGGAGUUCGGGCCCAUGGUCCUGGCCUCGGGCGGUUUCGGUGCCGACUUCGGAGCCGAUUCCUUGUUGGCCACGUACCGGCCAGACUUGCUCCACCUCCCCACCACUAACGGCGAGCACUGCACCGGUGAUGCCAUCAAGAUGGGAGAGGCCAUCGGUGCAGCCACCAUUGACCUCGAGUGGGUCCAGGUGCACCCAACCGGUCUGGUGAAGCCGGACGAUCCCGAUGCCAAGGUGAAGUUCUUGGCGGCGGAGGCCCUUCGAGGUGUUGGUGGCAUCGUCCUGGAUGCCAAUGGCGACCGCUUCUGCAACGAGCUGGGCCGACGCGACUAUGUCACUGGAGAGAUGUGGAAGAACAAGCCACCCUUCCGCCUGUGUUUGAACAAGGCUGCAGCCGAUGAGAUCAUCUGGCACGCCAAGCACUACACCGGCCGUGGCGUCAUGAAGUUCUAUGCCUCGGGCGAGGACUUGGCAAAGGACAUGGGCGUCCCUCUCCAGAAGAUUGUCGAUGCCCACCAGAAGCACUUCGAGGCGGCAAAGAAGCAGGAGAAGGAUCCCGAUGGUGGCCCGUUCCCUGCUUACCCGUCCGGCAAGACUUGGGACGAGCCCAGCGGCAAGACGGGCAGCGGCAAGAAGUUCUUCCACAACAUCAUCGAUGGCUCUAAGGUGCCUACCGAGCCCUUCUACGUGGCAAUCAUUACCCCGGUGAUCCACUACUGCAUGGGUGGGCUCGAGUGCACCGUGGACGCCGAAUGCAUUGACAAGAAGUCGGGCAAGGUCAUUCCUGGACUUUAUGUUGCUGGCGAGGCGGCUGGUGGCAUCCACGGCAACAACCGCCUGGGUGGCAACUCUUUGCUGGACUGCGUCGUAUUUGGCCGAGUUGCUGGCAAGGCCGCCUGCAAGUUCACCUUCGGUGCUGGUGAGAAAUUCAAGCCUUGCCCACCGCCGGGCGAGCUGAAGGAUUUGUGCAAGUGA